AUGGCAGCUCCUCGUCAAUGGGGUGUUACUCCGCCCGUCUCAACCGCCUUCCCUACCGACAAGGAACUCGCCCAGAGCGAAGCUCUUCUCGCUGAGCUCAAAGAACAAAAGAGCUUCGAAGCCACUGAAGACACAAACAAGCGCGUCGCAGUUCUGUCCACCUUCCAAAAGGUCACGACCGAGUUUGUCAAGCAUGUCGGUAGACUCAAGGGUCUCUCCGACAGCGUCCUGCAGAACGCUGGCGGCAAGGUCUUUACCUUUGGCAGUUAUCGUCUUGGUGUCUUCAGCCCAGGCUCUGAUAUCGACACACUUGUUGUCGCGCCCAAGCAUGUGUCUCGUGAGGACUUCUUCGAGCACUUCCGUCCCAUCCUCGAGGCCAUGUCGCCAGCAGGCGCUAUCGAAGAGUGCACCGCCGUCCCCGAAGCCCACGUUCCCAUCAUGAAGCUCAUGUACCAAGGCAUUGACAUCGAUCUCAUCUUUGCUCGUCUGCAGCUCAACUCUAUCCCCCCAAACCUCGAUCUCGAAGACAACAGUCUGCUCCGCGGCCUGGACGAUGUUGAUUUGCGCUCUGUCAAUGGUACCAGAGUUACCGACGACGUCUUGCGUCUGGUUCCACAAGAAAAGACAUUCCGUCAUGCCCUGCGUUGCAUCAAGCUCUGGGCUAGCCGUCGUGCAAUCUACGGCAACAUCAUUGGCUUCCCUGGAGGAAUUGCUUGGGCCAUCAUGGUCGCUCGCAUUGCGCAGCUCUACCCCCACGCUUGCGGCUCCUUGAUUGUUGCUCGCUUCUUCCAGCUUAUGAGAAACUGGCAGUGGCCCAUGCCAGUCAUGCUCAAGACCAUCGAGUCCGGUCCUCUCGACCAUACCGCAAAGAUCUGGAACCCCAAGAUUUAUCCUGCCGACAGUCGCCAUCUCAUGCCUCUCAUCACUCCCGCUUAUCCUUCCAUGUGCGCUACUCACAACAUCACCAAGUCUACUCUUGCUGUCAUCACUCGCGAGCUUGAACGUGGCCAUGAAAUCUGCACCAACAUCCUCAAUGGCAAGUCGCAAUGGAAACACCUCUUCGAGGGCCACACCUUCUUCACAAAGGACUUCAAGUACUAUCUUAGUGUUGUUUCGGGCAGCUUGAACGAAGAAGCUCAGGGCGACUGGAAGGGUCUGGUACAAUCGAAGGUCAGAAGACUCAUCGGUAGCAUCGAACAGUCUCAGCCGAAUGUUGCAUAUGCCCGACCCUACACCAAAGGCUACGAACGCGUCCAUCGUGUUAAGAAUGACGAAGAGAAGGAUCAAGUCAUGCAAGGCAGCACAAAGUAUCAAGUCUCCAAGACCGAGACGGUCGACGAAGCGGACAAUGUCAAGCAGUUGUCUGCCGAACAAACCUCUACCGACAAGAUUGAGGAGCCUGCUACCAAGGUCGAAAAGCCAGAUGAGAAGGAGAAUGGCAUGACAACCAUCUGGACUACGACCUACUAUGUCGGUAUCGAAAUGGUUCCAGGCGCACAAUCGCUUGACAUCUCCUAUCCAGUACAGGACUUUAGGCUACAAUGUACUCAGGCCACGCAAUACAACGAAGACGUCAACUCGAUUCGCGUCGUUGUCGUAAAGAGCUACGAUCUGCCUGACGAUGUCUUCAAGGAAGGAGAACAGCGUCCCGUCAGAACCAAGAAGAACAAGGGCGCCAAAGCCGCGAAUGGCACCAAGAAACGAAACGCUGGCGAGGCGAACCUGGACGUACGUAUACAGCCACGAUUUCGACAGAAGACCGUGACGAUCGAGACAUCAUGA